CAGAGACAGAGACAUUCGGCACGCCUCUCUCUGCCUACUCGAGCCAACCCACCCGGGUCCGAGUCGCACUGAGACUGAGGCUCAGACCCAGAAUCCAGACCCACCCAGUUCAAAUUUUUAUAAAAAGCGGGAUUAGGGUUUUACUUUCUCUCCCCCACAAUUUUCAGUCUCUCUACUGGUUUCGAAAACAGAGAAGAUGGUGAGACCAAGAUGUUACCUUGACAUAACCCUAGGAGGAGAACCGGAAGGAAGAAUCGUCAUCGAGCUCUACAACGACGUCGUUCCGAAAACCGCGGAGAAUUUCAGAGCGCUGUGCACCGGUGAGAAGGGCGUUGCUCCCAGCACCGGCGUCCCUCUUCAUUUCAAGGGGGUUGGUUUCCACCGCAUUAUCAAAGGGUUUAUGAUACAAGGGGGAGACAUUUCAGCUGGGAAUGGGAGUGGGGGAGAGUCGAUUUACGGCUCGAAAUUCGAGGAUGAGAAUUUUGAGAUUAAGCAUGAGAGGAAGGGGAUGGUGUCCAUGGCGAAUACUGGGCCGGAUAGUAAUGGCUCACAGUUCUUUAUUACCACUACUCGGACUCCCCAUCUGGAUGGGAAGCAUGUUGUGUUUGGGAGGGUGAUUAAGGGAAUGGGGGUGGCCAGGUCCAUUGAGCAUGUGAGUACUAAAGAUGAUGGGGAGCAUUUUCCCACUCAGGAGGUUUUGAUUGCGGAUUGUGGGGAACUUGCUGAGGGGGCUGAUGAUGGGGUGUGUAAUUUUUUUAAGGAUGGGGAUGUUUAUCCUGAUUGGCCCGUUGAUCUUGAUGCGAAACAUGAGGAGAUAUCUUGGUGGGUUAGUGCUGUGAAUGUGAUUAAGGCACUUGGAAAUGAGCAGUUCAAGAAGCAAGACUAUAAGAUGGCGCUGAGAAAGUAUCGCAAGGCUUUGCGAUACUUGGAUCUGUGCUGGGAGUUGGAAGAUAUCAAUGAAGAGAACAGCUCCUCUCUGCGGCAGACAAAGUCUCAGAUAUUUACUAAUAGCUCAGCUUGUAGAUUGAAAUUAGGAGACCUAGAAGGAGCAUUGUUGGAUACAGACUUUGCAUUGCGUGAUUGGGAGGACAAUGUGAAGGCGUUGUUUCGCCAAGGCCAGACAUAUAUGGCACUAAAUGACAUCGACUCUGCGGUUGAAAGCUUCAAGAAGGCACUGGAAUUGGAACCAAAUGAUGGGGGAAUUAAGAAAGAGCUUCUGGUUGCUAAAAAGAAGGUAGCUGAUAGGAGUGAGAGAGAAAAGAGAGCAUAUUCUCGAAUGUUUAACCAAUGAUGGCAGUCACAAGAGGCUGCACAUGUAUGGAUGGACUUUGAUUCCUUUUGCACUUGCUAAAUUACAUAGUCAACUGGUUCCUUCUGCAGUCUUAAUCGGCACUAUGAAAUACCAGGCUUUGUAGGAAGUGCAAGGAAACAAUCAGAAGACUUGAGGGGAAAUAUCAGAAACACUCAAGCUUCAAUCAAAUUUUGUUCAAGUACUUUGACCUUUUCUUAGACUAGUCUGUAGCACUUAAAUGCAGUUUAAAACUGAAUUUCUACUUUCUGAAUUUAUAUUAAACUAUUUAAACAGUUUUCUUAUUUUCCGGAAAA